CGUAAUGUCCGCUGACUUCAGCCUACAUCGUAGAUAGCGGACAAUACUUUUAGCGGGGGCAAAACCGGCGGCACCGCCUUUUCAACAUACACGUGAUUUUGUUUUACUUUUACACAGAAAUUCCGAAAUGGCAAAUAAUACCGGCAGUACGGAAAUUCCAGCAGAAAUAAAAGGAAAACUUGCAGCAUUAGAUGCAUCUCUAACAGGCUUAGAGACCAGUUUAGAGCCACUGCUGAAAACCGCACUAAGUGAAAUGAGUAGCAAGCUUGAACCACUGGAUUGUGCCAAAAUGGAUUUGGUUGCCGCUUAUGCCAUUAAUUCAUUAUUUUGGGUUUAUUUGAAUGUAAAUGGCAUCAAUCCAAAGGAACAUCUUAUUAAACAGGAACUGGAUAGAAUUCGAGGUUAUAUGAGUAGAGUUAAAGAUAUACAAGAUAAAGCUAAAGCACCAAAGUUAGAUAAAGAAGCUAGUAAAAGAUUUGUAAAAAGUGCCUUGUGGCAGGCAGCACUAAAGAAAGCUCUUCCUGAACAAGAAAAAAAAAUAGGUUCUACCCAAGGACAUAAAAGACACAUGGAGUCAAAUUGUAAUUCGAAAAAGAAAACAAAACGGAAUACAUAAAAUUCAAAAUUUCCUUGAGCAUAGAUUAACCAGUGCCUACUUAAUCUACCAGCUCUUAAUCCUGUUAUUGCACUUGUUGUCUAUGAAGAAAAACUUAUAAAAGUUAAAGACCUACUCAUGCAUCAAAUAAUUAUUAAAACAAGCAUUGAAGUGAAUCCCAUCAGUCAGAAACAUGUUUGACGAAACACGAUUAUUGUGUCGUUUUUUGUUGAAAAUUGCCACGAUAAAUAAAUCGGUGUAGCAGUCGCUAUCGCGUGUCACGAUAGUCGAGUGACACACUCGGCCUCGUUGUAAUUUUACAUGCAAAAUUAACAGUAUUUAUUUGUCAUAAACAAUCGAUGUCAAAGCGA